CUCCUCCCUAUCUCUACCCCUCUGUCCUGCCUCUCUUCCCUUCCUAGGAGUUUCCACAUAGUGAGCUGAAGGGGAGACAGCUCUUAGACCAUCACUGUCCCCUAGAGGUGGAUCUCCCUCCAGAGAAGGCUGCUGAGGGCUGUGACAGUUACCUGCAGUUCCCCCACACAGACCCAGGGCCAGACAGGCAGCUACUGAGAGGAGGGGACGCAGGCAAAGCCUCUGGGAAGAAACGCAUCAGCCUGGAUGACCUAGAGUGUGACGUAUCAGUGGAGGAAGAUAAUCGUCAGGAAUGGAUCUUCACCCUCUAUGAUUUUGACAACAGUGGCAAAGUUACUAAAGAGGACAUGUCCAGUCUGAUGCACACCAUCUAUGAUGUGGUGGAUGCCUCUGUACAUCACUCGUCCUGCCACAGUAAGAGGAAGACCCUACGGGUCAAGCUGACCGUCGCACCAGAGCCCAGUGCUCGCAGGAGAGACCACCUCUCCACUGGACCAGACCGGGAGUCAGGACGCCUUCACCAGGAGGAGGGACGAUCAGCAGACAGACGGCUUUCUUCUCACAUCAGGCCAGCCCUCCCAGGUCAGAGCAGUGAGGGACAGCAUUACUGUGUGGAUGAGAACACUGAGAGGAGGAAUCACUAUCUGGACCUAGCUGGUAUAGAGAACUACACCUCCAGGUUUGAAGGAUCCACCCCUCCCCCGCCCCCCCAGGAGACCCAUGUGCGGGCCUCCCAGUCCCAGAACCGCUCCCGUUCCCAGGAGCCCGAGGCCCACGCCGCCCACGCCCACCAGCGCCGCUCGCAGGUCAUCAGUGAGAACUACACCCCUCUAGAAGCCCGGGGUCGGGGCGCGUCACACUUCCUGAAGUCCCCCAGAGGAACAUCUAAAGGAGCCGGCGUCGGAGGGACCACUGGGGGACUUGAAAGGGCCAAGUCCAGUAAAUACCACGCUGGGGGGCAUUACCCUCCUCAGCCUCCUCCUCUCCAGACCCUGCUGCAUGCAGGGAACUCCUCAUCUGGGGGUCACGGAGGUCAGGAUGUGUACCACCUCCCCUCCUCCAGCCACCACCAGCACCCUCUGCAGCACAGCCACAGCAAACGGCUCCGGGCCAAAGCCAGGGAGGGUCAGGGCCUGUCCCCGUCCAAAACGCCCCUGUCACCUCACUCCAAUCCCCAGCAUCAGGCUCCCCCUCCUCCUUGUCUGGAGAGGGAGAAGGAGAGGGAGCAGGGGUCUGGGCUGCCCGGCAGCCCUGGGUCCUUUGUGUUGCCUCUGGUGCAGCGUCACGAGCACCGACACCACCACGAACACCACCAUCACCACCACUACCACCACCACCACCAGACAUGACCCAAUAGGACGCCAGUAACAGUCAGAGACUGAGAGACCUUUAAAGGACCGACUGACCACACCCGUCUGUCUGAAGAAGGACUCAACCUCCUCACCCAAUGGGAAUGUCUCCGCUUCUGUCCUGAGGCUGCCCAAUCUGAGAUGGCACCCUAUUCCCUAUAUAGUGCACCACUUUUGACCAGAGCCCUAUUGUUAGCCUUAACUCUAACCCUGUAUACGUUUGCCAAAUGUAGUGCACUAUAUAACAAGGUGCCAUUCAGACAGCCCAGGAUCUGAACCCUCCUCCAUUUUGUGCCAGGCAGGCUGCCAGAGCCAGACAGUUUCCCUGAGAUAUCCUGGGAUCAGACACACUGAUGGAAACUGGAGUGUGGCUGACUUGACUGCUGUGGUUAUUCCAUUGUAAAGGGUUGCUGAAGACACGGUGGUGCAGUUUUGUAAGACGUUUUCUAUGGCACAGUUCUGAAUCUGAAUCAAAUGAGGUUAAACGUCCUGCUGGACCAAGCUACUCCUCUCUACGCGUGGACCUUCACAAAGGGAGAACAGAUACAGUACAGCUAUAUGUGGACAGAGGUCAGAGGUCAUCAAAAGUGACAUCAUUUCCUCCUUGGUGUUGACCCAUAGAUUUUCUUGUCCCCAGAAGCUAGGUACUGUCUCCUUUGUCCCAAAUGACACACUAUUCCAUUUUAUAGUAUACAACCUUUGACCAGGGCUCAUAGAACUCUCGUCUAAAGUAGUGCACUAUUUAGGGAAUAGCAUGACAUUUGGGACACUGCCUCUCCGUGUGUCUUGUGUGUACGAGAGCUUUCCUCCCAACGGUGAAUCUCAGGUGUUAGGUGCUGCUCCUUAGCUGUUCUCUCUACUACUUCCUCAUUGGAACCAGAACCCUGCUGUUGGGGUUCCAGAACCAGAGGAACAAUAUCAAAUCACCACUGACAGUUUUAAUGCAAGAAAUAUCUAGCUAUGUAAGCAUUCACAUCUAUAUAUGUAUACACAUUUUACUGUAAUAAUACUGUAUUUAUAUGCAUGUUAUUUCAUCAUGAAUUAUAAUGAUGCAUAUAUGUCUUUUGUCGUUGAUGUAUUUUAAUAAACAUUAUAUAUACUGUAUAUUGAUAUUGUUACGUUUCCUAGCCCUGUUAUGUCCCAGAAUGCUUCAUGGUUGUUUGUCCCAUGCGUCAAAGAAUGGUGCUCUGCUGCCACAGUGUGGUUAGAGACAGCAGAAUACAAUGUCCAGGGAACGGACAAGGCCACUAGAGGACACCUGUUGCUGUCAGGAGGGAUGGUGCAUUCUGGAACGGUCUGCAUUCUGGAACGGUCUGCAUUCUGGAACGGUCUGCAUUCUGGAACUGUCUGCAUUGUGAUUGUUUGUCAAUGAAAAAUCGAAUGUUACAAAUCGAAUGUAUAAUAUAUAUAUAUUGAUGCGUACAGACAGCAAAACUAGUGACACCAUUUUAUUUAGGAGGGAUUGAUAUGAGCAAUCUGGGAUUUUUUUUUUACAUACAUUUUUAGAUUGUUUAAAUUAAUUAUAUAUAGCCAUUGGUUCUUGAAAAAUAUAACUUAUAAAUGCCUCAUACAAUUUAUACAUGUUUCAUGAGCUGUCGUACCCCAGGUGUCAAUAUUUCCCUUGUCAAUAUUGGCACCCCAUUUGGAAUUCCCUCCUUUGUAGGCGUAUUGUCUUCUUAAAUGAUUCAGAGAUUAGAUUAGCGCAUAGAUGAACGGUCUGUAGUAAACUAAUGUUGUGUUUCAUACCACGACAUAUACGACAUUGUAAUUACAGGGUAGCACAACUCCCGGGUGCGCUACACUCUAUGAGCUCUGGCCAUCACGGAUUUGUUUGGGAGCCAAAUAAGAACCCGGGCUGUGACAAACAAUGGUAGCGAUGAAAGGCGAGGGGAGGGUUGGCUAAAUGCAAAUAUCCACUUUGUGCUGUUGAGAGAACCUCCUCCAACACUGACAACUGGCAAUUUCCAUCCCAAGAAUCCUACACUGUAGGCUGAGAAUAAAUGCAUCUACAAUUCU